AUGGUCGGUUUCAAGCAUAAAGGUUGGCUGCCGGAUAUCGCUUCCUCCAAAAGAGACCACCGCCGUUGUACCGACGCGUCGAAGAAGAAAGCUCCUCGUCUGCGAAUCCUCGCAUUCGAGACUGCCAAAUCCAUGUCGAGGUUAAUCUCUCUCUACAAAUCCAUCUCCGACGACGAGAUUUCCCGACUCAAAAACCGUCUCAUCAAAUCCAAAGGAAUUUCAUACCUCACCUCAUCGGACGAGGAGUUUCUACUCAGCCUCGCCUGCGGCGAACGGACCGAGGACCUCGAUCGCGCGGCUGCGGUCGUCGCGCGCCUGGGGAAGAACUGCGGCGAUCCCUGGCUCAACCAGUUCGAUCUGGUUUAUGCGGAUCUGAAGCUCGGCGUCAUGGAUUUCGGGAAAUUGGAAUAUGGAUCGAGGAAUUCCGAGAAACGGGUGCAUAAGAUGGAGAAAUUGGUGUCCGCGACCUCGAGGCUGCACGCUGCGCUGGCGGCGCUGGCGGAGAUGGAGGUUGCGGAGCGGAAGAUGAAGCGGAGGAACAAGGAAUUGGACGCGAAUUCCAAUCUGUUCAACCAGAAACUCGAGAUCCAGCGCAAGGACGUCAAGUAUCUCAAGGAAACUUCUCUGUGGCGCAAAUCGCGUGAUAAAUGCGUGAGCAUAAUGGCGACGAUUGUGAUCAUCGUGUACAUCCGAAUUUGCUCUGUUUUCAAGCCCUACAUCACGAUUCUCCCUGCGAUCUCGUUGCUCAAUGUCGCGUGUUUCCAGCAGCAGAGAGAUCUCGACUUGAUUCAGAAGAUUAAGCAGCAAAUGGUUGAACAUCCUGGCCAUGUCCACACAGAGUUUAAACCAAAUAAAAUCCGGUUCCGAAAAUCGGGGAUGUUCUUCAAUGAUUGGGACACAUUCGAUACCGAGAGAGAAAAAAUCACCAAAAACAAUAGAGUUUUCCACUCGGCUGGGGCGUCGACAUUGGGAGGGGCGGGGCUGGCGUUGCACUACGCGAAUGUGAUCCUACUGGUGAAGAAGUAUUUAGAUUCGUCGUCUUUGAUUGGGCGGGACGAGCGGGAGGCGCUGUACCAGAUGCUGCCGGAGAAUCUGAAGGCGUCGGUGAGGGCGAAGCUGAGCAAGCUGAUGAGAUUCGGCGAGGAUGAUGCGUUCCUGGCGGAAGGGUGGAGGGCGGCGACGGUGGAGAUCAUGGGGUGGCUGGGCCCGUUGGCGGAGGAUACGGUGAAGUGGCAGAUGGAGAGGCAUGUGGAUAAGCUCAAGUUCGAUACGAGGCCUUGUGUGCUGCUGCUGCAGACGCUGCAUUUCUGUGACAAGGAGAAGACUGAAGCGGCCAUUGCUGAAGUGCUGGUGGCGCUGAGCUGCGUCUAUAGGUUUGAGAAUCGCGGUGUUUAUGGGGAAUGA